GACGGCGGACCCAAUUCAAGAUUUCGCGCCUCUGCGCAGAAAUACGCGCAUAUGCUAUGAAUAUGACUGUCGUAAUAAGGUACAUCAGAAUAAGAGUAAAUAAUAAAUUUUUCAUUCCACUAAACUAAUUUGUUUUACACAGAAAUAUCAGUGAUAUUUCAAACGAUGUUCAUAAAUUCUUAAGAAGCGAAAUUAAGUUUACGACAUUCACCGGAAGCUCAUCUGUCAAAACAGACGACAAUGUCUGUUGACAACUGUUUUCGGAAAAAAGGGAAAUUUGUCUCUAAAAAGGAUUUUAUUCAUUCAAAAAUCCGUCAAGAUAACAUUGUUAAAGCCCGCAAUCAGCCAAUAUAUCAGACUGUUAUUGAAUCUGAUCACAAUUACGCGUCUAAAUUCACUGAAAAGUCGUCAACAUCUGACCAUGACGAAGCCUUUACUCACCACCUGCACCCGGAUUACCUUGAAGAUUCAUUUCAGUUUGACAGACUCAAGCCUCUUAAUUUCUACCGGUUUAUUAUUGAUUUGAAAUUGUUCAUUGACAAUUUAUUUUGCCAAGUAUGUGAUAACGAUAUCUACUUGAAAAAUGCGUUAGGCGUCUUCCCAUCUGGAGUGUGUGGCCAUGUAGUAAUCACAUGCCUCGUGUGCAAACACGUAAACAAAGUAGCCAUGGGAAAAACGCAUCAAGAACAACAAAAACCUGGCCCAAAGAUAUUUGAUGUCAAUUCAAAAAUUGGAUCAGCAAUGUAUCAUACUGGGAUUGGACCCACUCAAGUGAACAACUUCCUUUCUACACUUAAUUUGCCAUCUAUAAAUGUCAAAACUUUAAGAAGGCGGUGUGAAGAAAUUGGAGAAGAACUUGAAAACUUGGCAGAAAAUUCAGUAAAAGAUGCAUUAAAAGAAGAAGUUAAAUGUACUGUAACAGAGGUGAGAAGGAAUGUAAUUGAUGUUCCAGAAGAAAGCCUUGCAGUGUCAACAGAUAUGCAUGUUAAUUCUGAUGAAGAUGAUUACAAAGAUGUUGCAGAGGUGAGAAGGAAUGGAAAUGAUGUCCCAGAAGAAAGCCUUGCAGUGUCAACAGAUAACAUGCAUGUUAAUUUUGAUGAAGAUGAUUACAAAGAUGUUGCAGAGGUGAGAAUGAAUAGAAUUGAUCUCCCAGAAGAAAGUCUUGCAGUGUCAACAGAUAUGCAUGUUAAUUUUGAAGAAGAUGAUUACAAAGAUGUUGCAGAGGUGAGAAUGAAUAGAAUUGAUCUCCCAGAAGAAAGUCUUGCAGUGUCAACAGAUAUGCAUGUUAAUUUUGAAGAAGAUGAUUACAAAGAUGUUGCAGAGGUGAGAAUGAAUAGAAUUGAUCUCCCAGAAGAAAGUCUUGCAGUGUCAACAGAUAACAUGCAUGUUAAUUUUGAUGAAGAUGAUUACAAACAUGUUGCAGAGGUGAGAAUGAAUAGAAUUGAUCUCCCAGAAGAAAGUCUUGCAGUGUCAACAGAUAUGCAUGUUAAUUUUGAAGAAGAUGAUUACAAAGAUGUUGCAGAGGUGAGAAUGAAUAGAAUUGAUCUCCCAGAAGAAAGUCUUGCAGUGUCAACAGAUAUGCAUGUUAAUUUUGAAGAAGAUGAUUACAAAGAUGUUGCAGAGGUGAGAAUGAAUAGAAUUGAUCUCCCAGAAGAAAGUCUUGCAGUGUCAACAGAUAUGCAUGUUAAUUUUGAAGAAGAUGAUUACAAAGAUGUUGCAGAGGUGAGAAUGAAUAGAAUUGAUCUCCCAGAAGAAAGUCUUGCAGUGUCAACAGAUAUGCAUGUUAAUUUUGAAGAAGAUGAUUACAAAGAUGUUGCAGAGGUGAGAAUGAAUAGAAUUGAUCUCCCAGAAGAAAGUCUUGCAGUGUCAACAGAUAUGCAUGUUAAUUUUGAAGAAGAUGAUUACAAAGAUGUUGCAGAGGUGAGAAUGAAUAGAAUUGAUCUCCCAGAAGAAAGUCUUGCAGUGUCAACAGAUAUGCAUGUUAAUUUUGAAGAAGAUGAUUACAAAGAUGUUGCAGAGGUGAGAAGGAAUGGAAAUGAUGUCCCAGAAGAAAGCCUUGCAGUGUCAACAGAUAACAUGCAUGUUAAUUUUGAUGAAGAUGAUUACAAAGAUGUUGCAGAGGUGAGAAGGAAUGAAAUUGAUGUCCCAGAAGAAAGCCUUGCAGUGUCAACAGAUAACAUGCAUGCUAAUUUUGAUGAAGAUGAUUACAAUGAUGUUGCAGGCGACGAAAGAUUGCCAUCAAGAGAGUCCACAAGUAAACAACAUAAAAAGAAAACAACUGCUUUUGAAAAGAAUGUCAUCAGAAAUGUAGAUAAAGACAGUCAAGGAAGUGUUCAACAAAGUGACACAUCGAUGGGUAUAACAGUAUCUGCAGAUGGAACUUUUCAGAAGAGAGGAUCUGGUAGAUGUUACAACAGUUUAUCAGGUGCAGCAUCAUUGAUUGGGUUGAAAACGGGCAAAGUGGUCGGGUUUUCAAGCAGGUUGAAGCGUUGUAGAAAAUGCAUGGUUGCCAAAAAGUCAAACAGAACCCCAAUAAAGCAUAAAUGUAGGAAAAACUGGGUGGGUUCAGCGAAAGCCAUGGAGCCAGACAUGAUUGUUGAGAUGCUCCAACAUGCAAAAUCUUCAGAUGCCCCUGUUGCCACAUUAAUUGGAGAUGAUGACUGCACAGCCUUUAAAAGAGCUAGAGAAGAAGUUAAUUCUACUAUAGAAAAAGUCAGUGACAAAAAUCAUAUGAAAAAAAAUUUGUCAAACAAGCUGUACAAAUUGAAAACGAAGUACCCAAAAGAAUUAUCGGUUAAAACCAUUAAUGCCCUGCUGAAAAGUUUCAGUUAUAUGAUAGCACAGAACACUGGAAAUAUAUAUGCAAUCAAAGAGAACUUGGAAAGUGUUGUUUUGCACCAGUUUGGAGAACAUGAUGACUGUGGUAACUGGUGUUCUUUUAAAGGAAAUCCCACUGGAAAGCAUAAGAACCUGCCAUGGGGUCUGGAUCUUUCCAAUAAUUCAUUGAAGAAUGACCUUAUGAGUAUCUUCAAAACAUUAGAUGCUGAAAAGCUGUCCAAACUGGGUUCAAGCAAUGUAAAUGAGAGUUUCAACAACAUCCUGAGAUCUAAAGCCCCAAAAGACAAACAUUAUUCCGAAAGCUCAAGUUUAGCCCACAGGUUAUCUGCUGCUGUUUGUCAAAAAAAUGAAGGUUAUGACUAUGUUGCAAAGGUUCAUCAAAAUCUUGGACUAAGCCCCGGGAAUUCUACUGUUUCAAGGGCAAACAUUAUGAACAAAGAAGUGAAGCGAAAGAAGAUAAUGUGUAAGGAGAAAAAGUACAAGAGAAGACGAAUUCUUCUUAAAGUGGAAAGGCUAGAAGAGACCAAAACAUGUGAAGUGCGAGAAGGAGAUACCUACGCAACAGAUAUCAUGGAGAAAAGUGCAGCAGACCUAUGUACAGAAGAAAUUCCCGCUGUAGAAAGAAAACCUCAAACAUGCAUUUGUUUUGAUCUAGAAACAACAGGAUUGAGUAGACACAGCAGUAUUGUUCAAAUAGCUGCAUCCAAUGGAUCAUCAAGCUUCAGUAGAUACAUAACUCCAUUGUCCUGCAACAUUUCCUCUGAGGCAUCAAAAGUCACAGGCAUCACCUUUGAUGGAAAGACUAUGUGCAACCAAGGAAAAGAGUUGUCUCCCAAGGGUGUUGUACCCACCAAACAUUCUUUGUCAUCUUUAGUAUCUAAAACAGUAAUUUCCAAACACAUUUGUGGCAAAAUACAAAAAGCUGGUUUAGGAUAUAUGCACCUUCUCCUGGCAUUCAAAAGAGGCGGAUUUGAUGGACUGCAGUUACUACUUGGGGAGAAAAAUGAAGAUGCUAAAGUUAGGGUCACCAGAUGUAUGAAAGUAAUUGAAAACAUUGCAGCUCAUUUCAGAGCUGAAUUCCAAGAAGAGUGAUGCAAAUGUAAAUACAUGUGUUUUGAUAUAGAAAGGCAAAUUAUGCUGCAUAGGUUUUGUACAUGUAUAUAUCUUAUAUUUCGCAAAAUUCAGAGAUACAUAAUAUGUGAUUAUAUAGCCACUGGAAUAAUUUAGGGUUUUCUAUUAU